AUGGACGGCGACUCCGACGGGAGUCCAGCGGGAUCCCCAGCCAAAGUGCUGGCGAACCAGGCUGUGUCUGCCCUGACCGCGGGUAUACGGGCGCUCGUGUACCAGCUCCAGGCGCUCUACCUCCGUGCCCCGGUGAAACUCUUUCGCCCGCUGCGCUUCGAUUACCUCGCCUAUGUCCGCCAGCUUGCCAACAAAUAUACGGGGAUGUUGGACAAACCGUACCGGUUCCGUACCCAUCUGAGUCUUGGCAUUCUCAUGCUGGUGUAUAAGGAAGAAGGGUGGCGGUUUAUCCCCGAAAAAGUGCUCCCUCCGUUAGUGGCUAAUCUGGCCACGGGGCUUAUCCUUUAUGUCACCUACCUUAGUGCUUUAGAGCACUUUGACCCGCGUACUCGGCGAGCGAACAUGGUAUACUCUCCCGUCGACACCUGGCGGGCCGGGUUUUUGGCGGGGAUGGCCCAGUCGUUGGCGGCGGCUCCCAUCGAUGCCAUUUAUACUCGGCUGCUGGCGCUGGAGUUGUUGCUGGGCAAACACGAGAACUUGUGGGUGUACGGGCUCAACAAGCUUAAGGAAGUGGGGCUUGUGGGGGUGUUUGCCGGGUACCUGUUUCUGUUCGUCAAGGAGCUGUUUGGGUUUGCCUUCUACUUUUCGACGUUUGAAGCGGUUAAGACGCACGGCUACCGCAUGGCCUACUCGCUUACUAAAUGGUGGCGCAAACUAAAGACUAAUGCCAAACAUACGUUGCCUUAUAUCUUCGGUGAGGUGGAGAAGAUCGACCCGCAAAUCGCCUACAUCGAGAAUACUCGCUCCGCUCGCGUGCUUAAAGGGCUGUUUAUCCUUUUGGCAGGGGCGCUGGCAGCAUUCUCGUUGCUCGCCAUCCAGUACCCCAUCACCAAAGUACAGAAGUUGCACUUGCUGCGGCUUGAGGCCCUCGACAUUUACAACCGCAACCAGAUGAACCGACCGUUUUUCCACUUAUACUACAACUCGUACGUCGACACGUUCAAGCAGGUGGCGAAGAUGCAGGCCAAGCUGAAGUUGACGUGGUUCCAGUUUAUGUAUAAGGGGUUUGCCCGCAACGCCCUCGGUACGGUACCGGCAACAUCGAUUGGUCUUUUAGUAUUCGAAAUCAUGCGGACAAAACUCGCCACUACCUUGGACGAGGACGACGUGUUGGGAGCAUGA